CAGCGCAUGCGCGCAGCGCCUGAAAAUGAAGGCGGCUUGGAGGCAGCGGGAGUAAAUCCGAGCAGUGGAGGACGUUAUGGGUGGUUAGUCUCUCUCUCUCUCUCUCUCUCUCUCUCUCUCUCUCUCUCUCUCUCUCUCUCUCUCUCUCUCUCUCUGGCUGAUCAGUUGGACGAGCGUGUGCUCCUAGAGGUCAGAGGUCAUGGCGGCGGAGGAGAAGGAGGACUUCGGUGUGUUUCUGGACUGGGCUCAGAUGGGAGACGUUUCGCGCGAUGCUCCCGCCGGUAAGACCGAGUAUAAAGACCCUAAAGAGCUGAAGCAGCACGCACGCUCGGGCCAGUGGGCCAAGAACCACCCCCAGAGGGCGCUAGUGUACCGGCAGCUGAUCAAAGCCCUGCCUUGCCGUGCGGUCACUGCCGACGCCGCCGUUUACCGCGACAUAGUGGGAAACUCCAGCAGCAAACGGAACCCGGCGAACUUCCCUCUUCCCGAGUUUGUGGACGGAGCCGCGGUGCCGCUCUACUGCCUGAAGCCGGAGGCCGCCGGUUCGGUUCACGCCAUCAUUUCCUGCGUGGCGGGCGAGUUCCCGGACGUUUCCCACUGCCCGGCGCUGCCCGCAGUGGUGGCGCUGAUGCUGCACUGGAGCCCGGACGAGUCGCAGUGUUUCGAGGCCGUGGGCCGCCUGCUGGCCUGCAACGAGCCGGGCCGCCGCAUGCUGGACCAGACCUUCCUGGCCUACCAGUCGUCCUGCAUGACCUUCGGCGACCUUGCCCACAAGUACUGCCCCGCCGCCCACAAGCUGAUGGUUGCCGCAGCGACGGACGUGCUGGAGGUGUACGCGGACUGGCAGCGGUGGGUUCUAGGGGACCUGCCCUUCUCCCACGCCGCCAGGGUGAUGGACGUGUUCCUGGUGGAGGGGUACAAGGUGCUGUACCGCGUCGCUCUGGCCAUCCUGAAGUUCUACAGGAAGCACAAGGCCGCGGGGGGAGCCACCACCCAGCAGGACUCGGCGGGGGUCAAAGCUGACAUCCAGGCGUUUGUGCGGGGCAUCAGCAGCUCUGUGACUCCUGAUAAACUGCUGGAGAAAGCGUUUUCCAUCCGACUGUUCAGCCGUAAAGAGAUCACCCUGCUGCAGCUGGCCAACGAGAAAUCCCUUCAGCAGAAGGGCAUCACCGUCCGACAGAAGAGGCGUAACGUGCAGUUAGCUGUGAACGCGGAGAACUUCUGCUCGGAGAUCGUCAGCGCGAAGGAGAUGAAGGAGAUCUGGUCCUGGAUCCCUGAGCGCUUCGCUCUGUGCCAACCUCAGCUGCUGUUCACCACAUCGACACACGGCUGCAGCUUAAACAGGUUUUAUUCUCACUGUGAAGGAUAUGAACCCACACUGCUACUAAUCAAGACCACAGACAGAGAGGUGUGUGGGGCGUUCCUGUCGACGGACUGGGAGGAGAGGAAGAGGGGCGGUAAUAAGCUGAGCUACUUCGGCACGGGGGAGUGCUUCGUCUUCAGGAUGAAGCCGGAGAUGGAGCGCUACGAGUGGGUCGUCAUAAAACACCCCGAGCUGGCCAACUCGGCCCAGGCUGGGUCCGAUCAGCCCGACCAAGAGGCUAAUGAUGCUAACGCUAACUCACACAGCCUCCCCGUAGAGUCCCCGCCCACAUCUGCCACUGACACCGCCCAGCUCUCGCCCUUCCUCGCCGCCCGGCACUUCCACCUGAAUGCCCGGAACACCUCCAUGUUCAUGGCUGGGAAUGUGGACUCCAUCAUCAUCGGUGGGGGCGACGGAAACGCUCUGUAUAUCGACUCCGAGCUGAAUCACGGCCGGACGGGCCGCUGCGCCACCUUCGACAACCCGCCGCUCUGCGCCGAGAGCUUCCAGAUCGCCCUGCUCGAGGCCUGGGGCUUCCAGGACGCCAUGAAAACCUAACGGCCAGUCGCCACACCGGAGACCACCGGGGUUAUCGGGGUGACCAGAGUCAGACUGACCCCUCUGGGAGAACGCUUCUAAACUGAAGUUCUGCUUUAAAGCGAUAGUUUGGGGAACAACGGAAUUCACAGUUUCUCCGUUCAGCCCAAUCGAGGGCUUCUGUAGCACUGGAGCUACGAGGCUGACGUAGCUAACAAGUAUUGGAGGCUUAUGUACCAAUUGGACGCUGCACUCUUAAAGAACAUGGUUCUUCAAGGGUUCUUUAGUAAAGACAGUGGUUCUGUAUAGAACCAUGAACACUGAAAAGACCAUUUACACGCUUAAAUGGUUCUUUGCAUGGUGAAAUGGUUCUUCAGACUGAUAGAGAAUGUGUUGGAUUUGGUUCUAUAUAGAACCUUUUCGAAAAUAGUUCUAUAUAGAACCAAAAAGCAUUCUUCUGUACACUCUUAUAGAUGGUACUUCAGGGUUUUUUGGCAAAGAAAAUGGUUUUAUACAGAACCAUGAACGCUCAAAGAACUUUUUGCUUCAUGAAAGGGUUCCUCAGAUUGGUGGAGAACAUGC